AAGACUCUUUCUCCUCCAUUUUAAGGGAAACAAUUGUACAGUAGAUUCUGUUAAAAUCAUUUGAAAAAUGGAAGAGACAAAUUCAUUUCCAGUUUUGUGAAUAAAAAAAAAAGUCUGGAAAUCUGAAAAUGAGGAAGAACGAGAAGUAGGAUCAGCUUCACUUCCAGUGAUCUAAGCAUUCCAAGACGAUUUAUCUUUGAUGAAAUAAAAUUUUCAAAUAAGGAAUAAGACCCGUUUCAUUUAUCAUAUUUGUGGAAUGGAUUUUCUCUUUGGUUCUUCGUUUAUUGCAAUCUUCUAUUUCAUUUCUGCUUCUUUCAUUAGUUCGGCAAUGGCAUCAGAUGGUUAUGUCUCUGCAAUUGGAGACCCUGGCAUGAAGAACGAAAAUAUAAGAGUUGGGUUGGAGGCUUGGAAUUUCUGCAAUGAAGUUGGACAGGAAGCGCCUGACAUGGGAAGCCCUAGGUUGGCGGAUUGUGCAGACUUGUACUGUCCAUUGAUCAAAGAUUCUUUGGGUCAUCACAUUCAUGGUAAAGGAAGCAAAUGUGAAGCACAUCAUAAGGUGAAGGAAUCAGACAAUAGAUUAGGAGCUGGUGAUAAAUUUCCCAUUUCUGAAUUCAUAAUGUAUAGCAACCCUGACCUGUAUGCUGUGGAAAAGGAGCGAUACCUUGCUUCCCUUUGUGAGGUACAUAAUUCUGGAGACCCUUGGCAGUUUUGGAUGAUUAUGCUUAAGAAUGGGAACUUUGAUACCAAGUCUGCCCUAUGUCCUGAAAAUGGCAAGAAAGUUAGUCCAAUUAUCACAGACAGAAAGUUUCCCUGUUUUGGCGAGGGGUGUAUGAAUCAGCCACUUGUGUACCACAAUCGGUCAGCUGUUUCUUCUGGUAAUCAAAUGGACUUUUUGGCUGGUGGCUUUUAUGGGACGUAUGAUCUUGAUGCCGAUUUGAGCAAGGGUGUGGGGAAAAAUUCAUACUACUCAGUGUCAUGGGAUAAGAAUUUGAGCUCAGGAAGUUGGAUUUUCAAACACAGAUUAACAACAUCUUCCAAAUAUCCAUGGCUUAUGUUGUAUCUUCGUGCUGAUGCAACAAAAGGAUUCAAUGGCGGUUAUCACUAUGAUGGUCGUGGCAUCAUUAGAAAGCUGCCAGAGUCUCCUAAUUUUAAAGUUAGAUUAACACUCGAUGUUAGACAAGGAGGAGGAUCCAACAGCCAAUUUUAUCUCCUUGACAUAGGAAGUUGCUGGAAGAACAAUGGUGAUCCAUGUGAUGGUGAUGUUCUGACUGAUGUAACUAGAUACAGUGAGAUGAUAAUAAACCCAGAAACAACAAGCUGGUGCCACCCUAACAACUUUGCAUCCUGCCCACCAUACCACAUUAGUCAAAGUGGAGAGAAGAUUUACAGAAAUGAUACAUCCCGGUUCCCAUAUUCUGCUUAUCAUCUCUACUGCAGCCCUGGGAAUGCAGAGUAUUUGGAGAAACCAUUUGAUAUUUGUGACCCAUAUAGCAAUCCUCAAGCACAGGAGCUGGUGCAAAUUCUUCCACACCCUGAAUGGGCUGUGCAUGGUUAUCCUGAAAAGAAGGGAGAUGGAUGGGUUGGAGAUUCUAUGACUUGGGAGCUCGAUGUCGGGUCUCUCUCUAGUCGGUUAUACUUCUACCAGGAUCCAGGAACAAGACCAGCAAAGCGUUCCUGGUAUUCAAUCAAUGUUGGUACAGAAAUAUAUGUUAGCCACACAAAACAGACAGCAGAAUGGACUGUAAGUGAUUUUGAUAUUUUGGUUCCAGAAGAUGCUGGUGGCACUUAGUAACCUGAAGGUUGGGUCUUUCAAUCCUGUAGCCUGAUAAUAUGAAUCUGCCCAAGCAUGCCUCCGUCUUCCGUUAGAAGUAGAGAAUUCAUAACUAGGAAAUAUCGUCAAAAUUUUCCAUUUAACUGAAUGCUCUAGGCAAAGGUUGAAUUAUGUAAGCCUCCUUUUGUUCCUCAAUCUUUGAGAACACAGCUCCCAUGCUUAAUGAUGUAUCCUAUGGACAAAGCUAAGUUUCUUUCUUUCUUUUUCUUUUCGUUAAAUUAUUAUCAUUUUUAGUACCUAAAAGAAAAGAAAAGUGAUAUCUUGUACAGGUUCCGAAACUGUAACUGCACUGGGAUGGAUGUCCAGCUCAACACUCCAACUUCUAUCUACAGGCUGACCUUGUCAUACUCAGUAUUCAGUUUACACUGCAAGCAGGAUUGUGAAUGAAGAAUUUAAUCUAGGAUGCAGUUCAGUGGUUUACUGUUCAGGUUGACAGUUCGACGCCUUGGGUUUGUAUGUAUUCUAUGCAAAUCUAGGUGCUAAAACAUUGAUUUCUGAAUCGUAUGGGUUGAGUAUAGUCUAGCAUUCUAUGGAAAA